AUGACGAACCGCCGGCCUUCACUCCUUCAGGCCCGUAGCGGUCCGCACGCUCACGCUCAUUCCGCAUUCAAACUUGGACACACACACGGCCACGGCCAGCAUCUGCAUCAUCAGUAUCCUCACGACGCCGUCGCCGGCCCUCGACCCGACGACGUCAAGCCCGACAAGGCCCAAGGACCAGAUCUCCAAAAUCGAGCUGUUAUACCUGUCCCGGACCAAAAGCCCAGUGAUGCGACAACCCCCAGCGCAACCUCUCUCGUUACCAGGGUCAUCCAGACCGUUUCGCUCGUUCAAGUAGUGGAUACCUCCGGAUCACCAAUCGAAACACUGACUCGCUUUGCUCCUCCCAACACCAUCAUUGUUGAUAAGAACACGGGCCAGACUAUCUCUGCUUCUAAUCCGGACCACACGACAGCUCCAGCUGCGCCGGGUUCCGGCCCGGGGCCUAGCGGAGGAACCAGCUCUUCAACAUCCAGCACCGACUCGCAAACAAGGCCUACUUCUAUUGCCUCCGACUCAGCAUCCGUCCCGCAAAUAAAGGCAACUUCUAUUGCCCCCAUCUCAGCAUCUUCUCCGGUAUCACUUUCGCCGCCCGCUCAUUCCUCACCUCCAACGGUGCCCGCGGCUCCUUCUUUGGGCAUUGGCCACAAUGGAACAAGCAUUCACCAUUCCAUUCAUCAUAAUGCGACCAAUUCUUUAUUCCAUGCUGAAUCAGUAAAUGUCACUUCUUCGUCAACCAAGUUCUCAUCGACAUCAACACGCCACCACACUUCAUCGACGACCUCGGAGAUUUCCUCUUCUCAGUUUACAUCGUUUUCAGAUACCGUCAUUUCAGCUGCUACUUCCUUUCAGCCUGCGCCUACUGAUGGCGCAUUUGGAGGCGUGUAUGGAGGAGAUAGCGCACCAACAGCAGGAAGCGGCGCAGCGCCCACGCCGUCGACAUCUUCCAACUCAACCGAGGGUGCGCUCUCUCCCCAGCAGAAGCAAGUCAUUGGAGGUGUGGUUGGAGGCCUGGCCGGCGCUGCUUUCUUUCUCGUUUUGGUACUGCUGGCUCUGAGAUACAAGCGACGUCAGCUUAAUGCAUCUCAACCUACCGGCCAACCUACUUCGGAGUCCCGCGGACUUCCCCCGACCAUCAUCACCCCUGAUGGAGCUCCCAGCGGAGGGGACGGGGGUGAUAGCGGAGGUGCAAUGACGGAGAGAUACGGCGCUGCGGCACUAACCGCGGCGUUUGCCGGUUUAACCCCCAAAAGGAGUUCUGCUUCUGUAAACUCUUCAGAAACCGGAGAAAGAGGUUUCUACCGUGUGUCUGGCAGAAAGCUGCCAUCAGUUCUGCAGGUGGGCGGCGAUGGGUACUCGGACCCUCGUGCGAGUUUCAUGAGCAGCACUUCAGACUGGAACCGUGGCUCACAGGCCUUUGAUCCCUUCGGAGGACCAGGAGCCCGGUUACAGCUGGGAGUUCCCAUGCGACCAACCAGCGGCGUACCCAUUGUUCGAUCCGGCCCAGCCCGGGCUGUGGUUGCAGAGUCAAACCCGUUUGCAGACCCUCCAAGAACCCCCCCUGCCGACGACUCCGUGCCCCCUAUGAUGCGGCAACGCGAGAGUCCCGGGAGAGGAUCCAGAUUCCAAGAAGGCCUUUGAUUGAUACCAAUUCGUUACAUACGUUUCCAUACCCAUAUUGUUUCCUGUACAUUUUCCUCCUCUUUUAUCUAUUACCUCUGAAGAAGAUAUUUUCCUUUUGUUGUCGCCGCUGCGCUCACCGGGCUGCUCCCCUCUCAAGGAGCUUUGAAUUUUGCGUUCUAUUCCCUUUUUAUUCUUUUUUCUUUCCUUUUGUUCUUCUUUUCCUUUACAGUGGCGUUGGUGUGGUCAAAGUGGGAUUUUUUGGACAGUAAUCUGAGGAAAAGGAAGGGAAGGAUAUAGAGGAAAAGUAAGGGAGAGAUUUUCUUUCAUAUGGGAGGGCCAUUUCUUUGUUCUUUGUCGAUCUUUUCUUAUUUCUUUUCCCUUUCUUGUCCAUCUCUAACGAUAAUCCAUUUGCAUCAGUGGAGGUUUGAAGGGAGCGAUUCUUGUAUGCAGGGUGCGCUUUAUACACCUUGCGAUUAUGUUAUGUAUAGUUUAAGUACCUAGGACGAUGCAAGUUGUCAGAAAAUAAGGCAAAUACCCAU